UCUGGAGUGAAUUUAUAUCUGUCUAUAAGCUCACCCAGGAGUUUGAAAAAUUUCAUAAACCUUAAAACCUCUAAUGCCUUAGAGUUCAUACAUGAAUGUGGAUAUGUUCAUUGGGAUAUAAAAUGUCAAAAUAUAUUUAUUGGUAAAGAACCGUUGAAUAAUCAUGUGUAUUUAGGAGAUUUUGGUAUGGUAACUAAAUAUAAGACUGAAGAUGUUAAGCCAGAUAUUAAAUGUGCAAAUAAUGGUACACUAAAUUAUAUAGCUCUAGAUGGCCACCUUGGAAUGCAUACUCGAAGAGGUGAUCUUGAAAGUUUAAUGUACAAUGGUUUAGAAUGGUUAAAAAUAAAAUUGCCCUGGACAAAUUUUACAAUACCAAAAACCAUUAAAUCUAAAACUGAGAUGAAAGAUACAAUUUUAGCUACAGGGUCAAAUAAAGAAAAAAAUUUAUUUAAUAACGUACCCAAUUGUUAUUUUGAAACCAUGAUUUCGAUUUAUAAUCUUGAACCUACUAAAAAACCAAAUUAUGCUUUGUUAAAAAACCUGUUAAAUUUAUUGUAA